AUGUCGGGGAGCCAGCCACAGGUGGGAAGAGGUGUGCCUUGUUUGCGCUGCAGAGGGCUGUGCACGGGCUUCGAGCCACACUCCUGGAGGAAGAUCUGCAAGUCGUGCAAGUGCAGCCAGGAGGAGCACAGCCUGAGCUCGGAGCUGGACGACGACCGCAAGAUCGGCCGCCUGCUCUCGGACUCCAAGUACGCCACGCUCACGGCCCGGCUCAAGGGCGGCGACGGCGGCCGCAUCUACAAGAGGAACCGCAUGAUCGUCACCAACCCCAACAUCUCGGGCAAGGACCCCACCUUCGACACCAUCACCUACGAGUGGGCUCCCCCCGGGCUCACCCAGAAGCUGGCCAUGCAGUACAUGGAGCUGGUCCCCAAGGAGCUGCAGCCGGUGGCGGGCACGGACGGCGCCUUCCAUCGCCGGCGGCGGCUGGCGCGGCAGCUCCCGCUGCACGACCAGGACCCGGCCCAGUGCCGCGGCCUGGCCGAGGGCGAGCAGCAGCUCAUGCAGGACUUCGUGAAGAAGUACAAGGCCGAGGCCCUGGGAGUCGGGGAGGUGGCGCUGCCGGGCCAGGGCGGCGGCGGGAAGGAGGAGGAGAAGCCCCAGGACAAGAGCAUCGACCCCGGCAGAGCCCCCGAGUCACCCAACGGGGCCCUGGAGAGCGCGGCCGGGCACUACCGCUGCGAGAGCUGCCAGCAGCCGGUGCCCGGGGACUGCCCCGUGGUGUACGCCGACCGCGCCGGCUACUCCCGCCAGUGGCACCCGGCCUGCUUCGUGUGCUGCCGCUGCGCCGAGCCCCUCGUCGACCUCAUCUACUUCUGGAAGAGCGGGGCCGCCUGGUGUGGGCGCCACUACUGCGAGAGCCUCCGGCCCCGCUGCGCCGGCUGCGACGAGAUCAUCUUCUCAGAGGACUUCCAGCAGGUGGAAGGGCUGGCCUGGCACAACAAGCACUUUGCCUGCCUGGAGUGCGAGACGCUGCUGACGGGCAAACCCUUCGCCCUGGCCAACGCCAGCCUCCUGUGCACCACCUGCAGCCAGAGCAGGGUCUGAGCCAGGGGUCCCCAGGGUCCCACCAGGACUGGGGGCAUUUGGAAAUACAGGAGAAGGGGAAGAAGAAAAAAAUUGAAGAGUCUGACUAUUCACUUGAAAGCAACUCCAUGUGCCCUUGCAUCCAGCACAGCGUGAGGAAAGUAUUUCCUGGGGGUCCUCUUGGAUCUGCCAGGGAGCCCUUGUGCCACGGGUGGGAGGUGCACGGUGUACCUGGCCAGGAGGGACUGGAAAGGAGGGGCUGGGCUGUGCUGGUUUUUAUCAAGUCUGUCCAACCUUCUUAUGACUAAGAUCUUGCAAUAGUCGUUUGGAAAUAACACAUCUCAGCAGUAACUUCUGGCAUACUAAACCUACAGUUGUGGUCAAAAACAAGGGGUGUUUGUGGUUUUUAAAUCCUUACUGGAAUUAGGCUAACAGGCUGCUGCCACUGUGCCAAGGCAGUGGGUUUGAGGAAUUUGAUCAACUUGCUGAAAGCAGAUGAUAUAAAAUUGCAGCCACACGCAGCUGGGGCUUUGUCCUGUGCAACAAUGCAAAACCAAGGAGUGGGCACACAGGGCAAGGGGUUCACCCUGGUGAGAGGGGCAGGGCAGGCUCUGCCUGGUCUGUGGCUGACUCAGCCCGUGGAGCUGCCACCCUGGAACUGGAAUGUAAAGAAUUUUGUGGAAAACAGCUUUACAGCCUCAGCUGUCUUGGGGGCAGAGUGCGUGUGUGUGUCCCUGAGAUGCUGCAACGUCACUUUUCCCCCGCAAUGCUUCGGUGACAGUUCCAAGUGCCAGGGAUCUGCACCUUCCCCUGGGAGCUCCUUGUCCUGGGCAGGGGAGCAGAACUGUGGGGCUGAGGUCUGUGCCAGCCCCCAUGGGUGGCACUUCCGCUGCCUUUGGGGAUCCACAUUUACACAUGAGCACUUCAGAGGUGGGGUUUUCAGUAGAACCCUGUUUUUGUGGGUAACCCUCCCCUCUCCCCUGCCUGGGGAGCUCUGGGGGACAAGGGGAUCCCCUCCACCCCAGGCAGGGUUAAAAGCCAGCCGAGCCUCAGCAGUGGCAGUGGAGAAGAGGUGGUGCUUGGCUGCAGGAGAGUGCGGGUGGGAGCCUGGGCAAAUGUCAGAGCAGAGGCACGGGGAGAGGAGAGCUUUGGGGGCAGCGCUGGGCUGGCCCUCUCCUCUUGCCCAGCCCUCACUCCUGGGGGCUCCGAGGGCAGGGCUGGGUCACCCCCAGCACCCUCCCUGCCGUGGGGUGGUCUCUGACAGGAGGGGGGCCAAGUUCACUUUAUGCACAGUGAAAGACUCCAGGGAGAGCUUGUAGAUCCUUCCAGACCUAAAGGGGCUCCAAGAGAGCUGCAGAGGGUCUGGGGACAAGGGGUAGUGGCAGCCCAGUGCAGCGUGUUCUGAGUUGUGAUUUUGUGAUCUAUAAAUUGUAAUUUGUGGAAGUCCCUGCUCCAGCACACACUUACUGGCUUCAGGCUUUGGGACUGCUGGCACCUGCUCAAGCCUUGCAGGUAUUUCUGCAGCUCGUAAAAUA